AUGGCAUUGGGCAUAAUGGAGACCAAACCAGUGAUAACCUUUCUCAAAACCCUCCUCAUCGUUUACUCCUUCGUAUUUUGGAUCACAGGAGCGAUCCUCUUGGCAGUGGGAGUAUGGGGGAAGUUUAUGCUGGGCCCUUAUAUCUCUCUGAUAGCUGAGAACACCACCAAUGCUCCAUACGUCCUCAUCGGCACUGGGACUGUCAUCAUCGUCUUCGGCCUGUUCGGAUGCUUCGCCACCUGCAGGGGGAGCCCAUGGAUGCUCAAACUGUAUGCAAUGUUCUUGUCCCUGGUGUUCCUAGCUGAGUUGGUGGCUGGGAUCUCUGGCUUUGUUUUUCGUCAUGAGAUAAAGGGAACCUUCUUGAGGACGUAUACUGACGCGGUGUUGAACUAUGAUGCUGAGGAUGAAAAGAGCCUGGUUGUGGACAACGUCCAAAGCAGCCUGCAUUGCUGUGGGGUGUACAACUACACCAGCUGGUUGGGCAGUGUGUACUACCCUGCUAACGGCUUUCCCCUGAGCUGCUGCUCCAACUCCUCUGACUGCAGCCCACAGGACCUCCGCAACACCACCAUAAACCACACCAAGAUCAACCAGCAGGGCUGUUAUGAACUGGUCACCUCCUUCCUCGAGAUCAACAUGGCCAUCAUUGCAGGAGUGACUUUUGGCAUCGCCUUCUCACAGUUGAUUGGCAUGUUGCUGGCAUGUUGUCUGUCCAGGAUCAUUACAGCUAAUCAGUAUGAGAUGGUGUAG